AAUCCCACAAAGGAAAAGGAGAAAAUCUAACUUCUCCCAAAACACCACCACAAAAAUGAAAAGAAAAACAACCAUGGCUACCACCAAGCUUCUCCUCUCCCUUCUCCUCCUCGUUCAGCUCGCCGCCACUGCCUACUCCAUCGGCGUAAACUACGGUACUCUCGCCGACAACCUCCCGCCCCCGGCCCAAGUCGCCAACUUCCUCAAAACACAAACCAACAUCGACGCCGUCAAAAUCUUCGACGCCAACCCCGACAUCAUCAAGGCCUUCGCCAACUCCAACAUCUCCUUGACUAUCACCGUCCCCAACAGCGAGAUCCCAAGCCUCACCAAGCUCCGCACUGCUCGCCUUUGGAUCAUUGAUCACGUCAAGCCGUUUUACCCUGCAAGCAAAAUCAAGUACAUUGGCAUGGGAAACGAGGUCCUUCACUGGGGGGACGAUGCUCUCAAGUCGAGCCUCGUCCCUGCCAUGAAGACUUUGAACAACGCUUUGGUCCUCGAGGGGAUUAAAGACGUCAAAGUCUCCACCCCUCACUCGCUCGGAAUCAUGUUGGCCUCCGAACCCCCCAGCAUGGGCAGGUUCAGACCGGAAGUGAUUCCAAUUCUGACCCAAAUGCUCCGGUUCUGUAGCCAAACCAAAUCGCCUUUCAUGGUCAAUCCGUAUCCGUACUUCGGGUGGUCACCCGAAAGGGAGAACUACGCUCUUUUCGGACCAAACGAGGGAGUACACGAUAAAUUCACCGGCAAGUUUUACACUAACAUGUUCGAUGGGUUGAUGGACGCGGUUUACUCAGCUGCCAAGGCAAUCGGGUUCAGUGACGUGAACUUGAUUGCGGCCGAGACCGGUUGGCCUUCGGCUUGCGAGUUCCCGGUUUGCUCGGUUCAGAACGCUGUGGACUACAACGGGAACUUGAUCAAGCAUGUUGAGUCUGGGAAGGGUACGCCAUUGAUGCCGAACCGGAAAUUCGAGACUUACAUCUUUGCUUUGUUCAAUGAGAACCAGAAACCCGGUCCCGCCGCAGAGAAGAACUGGGGGCUGUUCAAACCGGACAUGACUCCGGUUUACAAUGCUGGGGUUAUGCGCAAUCAACAGGGUGGUGCAACUCCUGGACCAACAAUGAAAAUUCCAACACAACCUUCUACACCAGCUGCACCAAAAAGCGAGAAACAGGGAAAGCCUGCCAAACCAGCAAAACCAGCAACACCGGCAGCAGGCGGCAACAACAGCGGCAAGAAGUGGUGCGUGGCAAAACCAGGAGCCACCGACCAAGUAUUGCAAUCAAACAUUGACUACGUCUGCGGCACCGGCGUUGACUGCAAGUCCGUUCAGCCUGGCGGCGCUUGCUUCGAUAACAACGUUAGGGCCCGUGCGUCUUACCUCAUGAAUACUUACUACCAGGCUAACGGCCUUCAUGACUUUAACUGUGAUUUCUCUGGGUCCGGACAAAUCACCACCACUGACCCAAGCCGCGGCUCUUGUAAAUACAACGCUUGAGCGGCUGAGCUUGAGGAAAUGAUAUGAGGAACGGAAGAUAUGAUUUUUUCCAAUUUGGGGCAUUAUUUCAAUGGCCAAGAAAUUGAUUAGGAAAGAAUAUGUUUGAACAAACAACUUGAAGAAACCCCUAAACAAUUACUGUAAACACGAGAAAUUCCUGAAACAAGCGACAAGAAUACGUGUACAAAAUAAUAUUUUGUAUUAAUGAUUUUGGGGUUACAAUCUC